AUGCUUCGUCUUGAACUAUUGUACCUUGGGCUGGGCGUUGCUGGAGUCACAGCAGCUCCAGCAGCCUCUGCCGCAUCGCCCUUGAAAGUCAUCGGCUAUGCUCAAACUCCCAAUGGCUUCAAGAGCCCAGCCCGAGGCUGGAAUUCCUUUGCUCUGCAGGCAAACCCCAACGCAGCUCCAAGUUUCAAGUUUGACCAAGCACACGUUUUGACUCAGUGCAGCGUCUUGGCCUCUGCUCCGUUCAACGGCCAGUACGAUACCUGCAGCCUCGACUCUGGCUGGUCGGUUGGCGGCAACGGAGACGACUUUGGUCGGCUCAUAUACGAUGACUCUGUUUUCGACAUUCCCUCGCUGGCCAGCUCUCUCCAUUCUCAGGGGCUAAAGAUGGGCGUGUAUGUCGUUCCUGGAGCCUUUGUUAGCGAUGCGAACAAGACCAUUUUCGGCACCAACACCACUAUUGGCGAGGUGUGCACCGGAAACGAGGGCUUGGCUCGCUGCGUAUUCGAUUAUACGAGGCCGGAGACGCAGGCUUGGCACGACUCUGUGGUCGACCUUUUCGCUUCGUGGGGCGUUGACUUUGUGAAGCUCGACUUUGUCACGCCAGGAUCUCCUGACAACGGCCAGAGCCUGCCGACUGACCAGAGCGGCACUGUCAUUGCCUGGCACAAUGCCAUUAAGAAUAACGGUAGACAAAUCCGCUUAGACAUCUCCUGGAAGCUGGAUCGUACCCAGAAGUACUUUGACAUCUGGAACAGCAACGCCGACUCCAUGCGAACCGACCAGGAUCUCAACAACUCCGGAUCCUCUACUUUGGUCAGCUGGGGCACCGUCCAGCGCGCCAUUGAAAACUACCGCCAGUGGAUCAUUGCUGGUCUGCAGUUCUUCGACGAGCUGAACGUCUACCCGGAUCUGGACAACCUGCUCUCCGGAAACCCAGAGAACAUCUCCGGCCUCAGCAAUGGCCAGCGCACCACCGUCUUCACUCACUGGCUCGGAGCCGGUGCCAACCUCAUCCUCGGCAACGACAUGACCACGCUGGAUGACUUUGGCAAAAGCCUCCUCACCAACACCCAAGCGCUCCAAGUUGCCGACUUCACCGCCCAAUUCCCCAUGCAGCCUCGUAAUCCCGGCUCAGGAGGCCAGAAUGCGGCGCAGCUCCAGGCCUGGAUUGCAGGUCCAUCUCCAUCCGGCGAGGCUGUCGUUGUGCUGACGAACCUUGGCCCUGACAAUGGCCAAGGCGGCUUCAACACACAAACCAGUGGUGUUCAAACGGUGACGGCUACUUGGGGCGACUUGGGCAUCUCUGGAUCGUUUAAUGUUCAGGAUAUCUGGAAUAACAAGAGCCUGGGAACUGUUAGCGACCAGGUUUCUGCUCAGCUGGACGAGGGAGCGAGUGUGUUGCUGCACUUGACUAAAGCUUGA